AUGUGCAGGACUAGAACAAAUGAAAAGAACGUUCAUAGUCACGAAGCCGAAGCGAGCACACGAAAUAGCGACAGUGAAAGCAAUGAUAGUUUUUUCAUUGGCGCCAUACACGCCCAAGACGAAAACAAAGAAUGGACGACAUCCCUAAAAGUAAACAAUACAAAUGUUAUGUUCAAAAUCGAUACUGGAGCCGAAUGCAAUGUGAUUUCAAAAAAGACGUAUGAGGAACUUAGUAAAACCCCCUUAGAAAAAUCGCGAACAAAGCUCGGAGCGUUUGGAGGGCAAAAGUUAAAAACAAUUGGAAAAUUUACAAUGUUAUGUACAUAUCGUGACAAAUAUUGGCCAAUUGAGUUUCAAGUCGUAAAUCAUGAAGUUCCAAAUAUACUUGGACUUACAACUUGCCUUCAGUUAAAUCUUGUAAAACGAGUGCUAACUAUCGACAAAAAAGAAUGCGUCGAGUCGACGUCCACCGCACCUGAGGACAUUUUCGAACAGUACAGUGAUGUGUUUACUGGGUUAGGUUGUGUUAAAGGCGUAGUACACCACAUUGAAACUGACCCUACUGUAAAACCCGUUAAUUCACCCACCGCGUCGAGUUUCAGCACCCUUGCGACAAAAAGUUAA